CUCUUAAAGAGAGAUUUAAAGACAGAAGAUGGUGGAUGCUCAUUUGAAAGCAUAAUAUUGGGAAUAUAUAAAUAUAUUCUCUUAUUGUGUCUUAUAGUGAGAUAUUAAAAAAAUUCAUUUUUUUUUGUACCCAUCAUACAUUUUCUUCACUUCAGAGAAAAGGAAAGAGGGAGAGAGAAAAUGGAAGAGGAGGGGAGGAGAACAGAUAAAUCAGAAUUGUAGUCUCUCAGUGCUGGAAUAUCCACUACUGCACUGGACUUACUCUCGUGGCUGUGUCACCAUAGCAGUGGUGUUUAAUCAAUAGUGCGGAUGAUGGGUAAUCCCCUUCAUUCAAGAGAGACAAAUGGCAAAGGACGACAUGAGGGUGAUAACUUGCGACUUAAACAAUGUAUGAGAAUGAUUGCGUGAGAAAUCCGUACGAACGUAUGAUUUUUGAGGGUUCUUUCUGGUUCCUCAAGAAAAUCAAGGAAUGGAAAUGAAUAAAAAUAUAAGCCAGCUCUUCAUAAUAUGCCAUAGAACAAAGUUUAGAAAAAGUCUUAAUUUUCAGAAAUGCUAGCAAUGAAUUCAAUACAAUGGUAAAAUCUCAUAUCUAUAAUGCUACCUAGCAUUGCUACAUUUUACGUAUUUAAGGAAUAAAACACGACAGUGUAUGCUGUUAUAAGAAAAUUAUCCAUGCCACCAAAGUGGAUUAUUUUCCUAUAUCAGCAUUCCCCAAAGUGUUUUAUUCCUCUUACACCACAGCAAUUUUCCAACUAUUGGAUUAUAAUUAUAAAUUCUAUUAUAAAUUCAUUUAUUAAUGAAUGACAUACUUUUUAACAGUUUAUUAUUUUAUUAUUAUUUUAUUAUUUUAACAGUCACGUUUAAUGUUAUGGAAUGUCCAUGAGACAAGUUAGUUCCUAGAAUUCAACAGUGCUGUAGUAUAAGAUUAGAAUUUAUUAGAAAUAUUAUCAUUUUUAGUAUUGAAAGACAGAGAUUUCUGCUACUUCUAUGUGUCUGACAUUGGCCUGCACUGGUGGCCUGUGUCUCUAGGAGAACUGAGAGUGUGAGGAGUGUGUGAGGAGUGUGUGUGGAGGGAGCUGUGAGGGCAGGCAGGCAGAAUUAAGAGCUCAGCUUUGGUCUCUGAGGAACAGGCUGGUGCCAGAGACAGAACAUAGCGUUCAUCUUCACAAAGCCAGGGGAUGAGUACAGCGUUUGUUGUUUUUUUUUUUCCAAGACGGUUGUAUAUCUGGGGCAGGAACCUGAGAUGGAGAGAAUUGGAGCAAAGAUGAACAAGAAAAUGGAGAAAAAUGUGAAUGUGAGGAGGAAAGAAGUGCAAUGUUCUGACAGGAAUGUGAGAAGUGACUAAUCAGGCUCAAGCCCUGGAAGAAUUUUUUUUUUGGAGCUUCUUACCACUUUCAGUGAUAAUAAGGUGAAUUUUCCAGAUUGUUUUAGCCUAAUUUCAUUGUGAUAAUAUACUCCAAGGCUGUUGGAUCUCAGAAUGCUAUUCCUCCAGAGAAAAAUGAGUGACACACUCAGGGCUUUCUGAGCAUCAACUGUGCUGAAGGAGUUCCAGAACAAAUGGCAGUUUUCCAUCUGAGUUUUUCUGAAAUGGUUUAUAAAGUAACUAUAAUGUAGUUCUGAGAGAUGUAGCCAAAAUUUAUGUCAGGAUAUUUUAAACAUUUCUGGAUGGUAACUCCAAUACCAUUUCCAAAACUGAUACCAAAUUUGAAUGAAUAACAAGUAGGCUUUUUUGGGUGGGAUUUGAGGGCCUAAAAGAAACAAACAUUGUAGUACUCAAAAAAAAAAAAAAAAAGUAUCACGUAGGUAGCAGCCAGUUUAAAAGAAAAUGCAGCACGAAUGAUCAUAUCUCACAUACUGAUUAAUAACUUAGGAAUUAUUUGGUAUAGAGAAUUACUUUGCAUCUUGUCUUAGAGAUUGGAUGCUUAAUGGGAAAAAGCAUGAUUGGGAAUCCACUCAAUAGUUUCACAAUUUAACAGAUGGAUUAGAAACCAGCACUCCACAAAUGUUUUAUAUGUCUCUUUAUUCGAUAUCUGUUUGAUAUUCAAUAUGGAGGUUAUAACCAACAGACCCACAGCUUUCAUACGAGACCUUUUGACCAAUCACGUUUUGUUAUUCAGUACCUACACCAAUUACCAACAUCAACCUAUCUGUGUUGAAAAGAAUGAUAUAAAACGCCUAAAACUUCUAUUUGAAUGGGGCAUUUUUAUUGACUGGUGAAGGUUUUUUCUUUACAAUUAAAAAGGUAGUAAUUUUACACAAACACAAAAAGAGUAUCCUCUAAAAUGAUAACUCCCCUCCUUAAGAGAACUUACUGGGUUACUUAUAUCUCUAUAUAUCGCAAGAACAUGCUUGAUGUUGUUUAGCUUGAACAACCAAGAUCAAAAUUGAGUAGUUUUUUGUUAAAACGCUACAGUAGCUUCAUCAGAUGGGAAAAUGGAAGCAUGAAAAUCUGUUUCUUCAACCCAAAAAGCUAUGCUAAACAGCCAUUCACUGUCAGCACUGUUCCCGAGCUUCAGAGGCCAAAGAAGGAAAUCAGACAGCUUUGCUUCAUUGUAGAAAUGAAAACUAGCCAUGAUUCAUGAUUUGUCUUUUUUGCAGCAAAUGUUGCAAGCUACAUCACUAAUUCGAUUCAAUUCAGUUCAGUUCAGUUUAGUUCUUAGUACUGUUUGUGUUAGGGAUGUGGCUUUUUAUUUGGUUAUCCAUGGAUAUUCACCACUCUGUCUAAACUGAUCUAAAGAUCUUAAGAUCCUACUAGAGAUCAUACUAAAAAUCCAUAUAAAUCAAUCCUAACUAAUUAUUUUCCAGGCAGGAAAUGUAGUUUCUUGUGUUACUUUGAGAAUCUCACAGCCACACUGAACGUGCUAACUAAUUUAUGCUUGACGGAUACACGGUGGCGUGAGGAGGCACUUGGUCAAGAUGGCGUAAUCACUGUUGUCGCGAUGCUGCUUUGGAAUUAAUGGUUUGUUUGUAAGCUCCAUCCAUCAUUGUUCAUGUGACACUCAAUGGCAUCACAAAUCAGACUUAAACCAGUCCGAACGAGUGAUUCACAUGACUGUGUUAGGGCAAAGACAUUGCACAGCUGUGGUAUUUGAGAAACUGUAUUUGAGAAUGUUUAUCUGUUUGCAUUGGCACUUCCUGUCAGUAGAGAAAACGAAAAAAAUGUUUGUUGGGAAUUUUAUUUUUUGGCUUUCGGGAAAAUAAUCAUUGUCAUAUAAUCACUUUAUGUGUAUAAUUGUUGUGUCAACAAAAUACCAUUACAAGUCUUUGACUGUGAAUUUCUGAUUCACUUUGCCCAGGAUUGAAAUGCAAAAAAACAGCCAAAAAAAAAAAAAAAAUGCAAUGGCCAACCCACAGAAUGCCAGUCUGACUCAGAUACCAAAUAUGGCCAUGUAUGUGUGUAAAGAGAGCCCUAUAACCUCUGUUCCUGUCAUACAGAGGCACACACACACAGUAAAAGAGUGAGAGGGACGAGUUCUGCUUUUUCUCAGUUGGGACAUCUGCAUUCUUUCAUGUUCAGUCAGCAUGACUGAUUCCCUGAAAAGACGGAGAGCGAGCGGAGGGCUGGAGGAGCGCGCUAAUGACAGGAAUAGGAGCGUUCUUCCCUGUGAAGGAAAAGAAGCCCUUCGGCGUCUAGGGAGCCAAAUCCGAACUAUCAAAGGGAGGAGCGUCCAUCGCAUUAUGCCCCAGGACAAGGUGGCAUGCCACGAUCACCCUCCGACUACGGUCGCCCCUACGAGGAUGCCCAGUCAGCUCGGGCGUCAUACCGUGCCCGACGUGGUGCUUGGCACUCCCAGGAGGAGGAGCAGCACCCUCCCGAGCCAGGCUUGGUACCCGAGCGUGAUCUCCAUCGCCAGGAUGAGUGCCACACGCGCUACCGGAGUGACCCAAACCUGGCACGGUACCCAGUGAAGCCGCAGCCAUACGAGGAACAGAUGCGUAUGCACGCCGAGAUGUCACGUUUCCGCCAUGAGCGGCGCCACAGCGAUGUCUCCCUGGCGUGCACCGAGGCCGAAGAACGGCCCGGUGCCUGGCGUUAUGGCCAUGUCCACUCCCACGGCCCCUCCUACGGUCACCGGCCCUCCAAUCCUGGCCCGCGGGACAAGACGGAGAACCUGCUGCGCAACGACUCGCUUAGUUCAGACCAGUCAGAGUCUGUGCGUCCACCACCACCCAGACCUCAUAAAAGCAAGCGAGGAGGCAAAGCAAGGCGUGCCUCACUGAGCAGCUCAGACGAAGAGCUUCCCACCACGCCCGAGUACACCAGCUGCGAGGAUGUGGAGAUUGAGAGCGAGUCGGUCAGUGAGAAAGGGGACAGUCAAAGGGGAAAAAGAGAAACUAUUGAGCAGGCACACAUCUUAUCAGAGGGCCAAAAGAAAAUGGUGCGCUUUUGGGGCCACUCGUUGGAAGAGGAUGCCGAGUGGGGCGAGCCACAGGUUAAAGACUCGGGCGUUGACACAUGCAGUAGCACAACGCUAAACGAGGAGCAUAGCCAUAGCGAGAAGCAUCCUGUCACGUGGCAACCUUCCAAAGACGGAGACCGUCUCAUCGGCCGCAUUUUGCUCAACAAGCGGCUCAAGGAUGGAAGCGUUCCUCGUGACUCCGGAGCUCUUCUGGGGCUAAAAGUGGUUGGUGGCAAAAUGACUGAGUCUGGUAGACUUUGUGCAUUCAUCACUAAAGUAAGGAAAGGAAGUUUAGCAGACACUGUGGGACAUCUUAGACCAGGUGAUCAGGUCUUGGAGUGGAACGGGAGAAACUUACAAGGAGCCACAUUUAAAGAAGUUUACAAUAUCAUUUUAGAAUCCAAGCCAGAGCCUCAGGUGGAACUGGUGGUGUCUCGACCCAUCGGAGACAUCCCCAGGAUACCAGACAGCACACACACACAACUGGAGUCGAGUUCCAGCUCAUUUGAGUCGCAGAAGAUGGACCGGCCAUCCAUAUCCAUCACAUCUCCCAUGAGCCCCGGCGUGCUGCGAGACGCACCGCAGUACUUAUCCGGACAGCUCUCUAGCCAAAGCCUUAGUAGGAGAAUAGAGCCUUUUAACCCUAGGGUUCAGGUUAAACUCUGGUACGAUAAAGUAGGCCAUCAGCUCAUUGUCACCAUCCUGGGAGCCAAGGACCUGCCGUCGCGAGAAGACGGACGACCAAGGAACCCCUAUGUCAAAAUCUACUUCCUCCCAGACCGAAGUUUGAAUUAUUGUUCCACCAGUGACAAAAGCAAGAGGAGAACUAAAACGGUAAAGAAGUCGUUAGAGCCCAAAUGGAACCAGACGUUCAUGUACUCACCAGUGCAUCGGCGUGAGUUUCGCGAACGCAUGCUGGAGAUUACGCUGUGGGACCAGGCGCGAGUCCGUGAGGAGGAGAGCGAAUUCCUCGGAGAGAUUCUGAUCGAGCUGGAGACAGCGCUGAUGGACGACGAGCCGCACUGGUACAAGCUGCAAAUGCAUGACGUCUCUUCAAUGCCUCUGCCCAAGAGUUCCCCCUACCUUCAACGGAGAACGAUGCCUGGAGAGAGUCCCACUCGCAGACUACAGACUCACGGCUCGUAUUCAUACAAUUCAGGAUCUCACAGGAUCAGCGACAGCGAGAUCUCCGAUUAUGACUGUGAGGAUGGCGUGGGAGUCAUUUCAGACUACAGACAAAAUGGGCGGGACCUCCAAAGCUCCACCCUCUCUGUGCCCGAGCAGGUCCUCUCAUCCAAUCACUGCUCACGGUCAGUGGACAUUAACCGAGCACGUUCACGAUCACCCAGCGUUCCACCUCCUCAGAGUCAUUUUCUCACCCUACCUCGAACAAGACACAGUCAGCCUGUUCAUCAUCAGCAGAUGGAACUCAGGAAUUACGGCAUGCCGGACAGGCGCGAAAUGGAACGGCCCAUGUACACGCGCUCACGUUCCACUGAGCGCCCCCCUGAUGCCCACCACAUGAGAUCGUCCAUGCCCACGCUGUCAUCCGGACACUCUGCGCCGCCCUCGCCCGCCUUAACGAGGGCACACCCCCGCAGUGGAUCAGUCCAAACUAGUCCUACCAGCACACCAAUGAACAGCAGGAGAGGACGGCAGCUACCACAACUGCCCUCUAAGGGGACGCUAGACAGAAAAGACGGACGAGAAGACCUUGAGCCGGGUCCAGGUGAAGAGGAGGAACUUGCCGAGUAUUACUCCACUUCUAUUCAGUCAUCAUUUGACCUAGAAGCAGUAGAGAGAGAGAAAACAAGCCCAGAGAACAGAGAUGAAGGUGCUAUGGACAUGGAGGAGAGGACACGGCAGAUGAAGCUGAAGGUGGAAAAGUAUAAGCAGGGAGCAGGCUCCGACUCCCGCCUGGAGAAAGACCACCACUCAAAGCAUUCCAGCAGGGACGGGAAACACGGGAUGGACAGUCUCUCGGCCAAAUCUUCCGACAGCGACGUGAGUGACGUGUCCGCUGUAUCGAGAAGCAGCAGUGCCUCUCGCUUCAGCAGCGCGAGCUACAUGUCCGUCCAGUCGGAGCGGCCGCGAGGCAACCGCAAGAUCAGCAAAACGAUGCAGGGGCGGAGCCUCUCCCGGGAGGGGGAGGAACUCUCAGGGGAGGUGUUACACGAGGAGGAGGAGGGAGGGGUGGGGAAUGAUUGUGAGAGCGGUCCAAAGGCAAAGACACAUAGAGUAGAUAGAGAGGCGGAGUCUAUUGAGGAAGUGGCCCAGAGGAGGUUCUCAGACAAUGACCUCAGCGACUUUGCAUCCAAAAUGAAAAACAGGCAAAUGGGCAUGACAGGUGGCACCAAUCUGACCAAGAGCACCAGCAUUGGCGGGGAUAUGUGCAGCCUGGAGAAGACUGACGGCAGCCAAUCGGACACGGCCGUGGGCCUGGUGGGCGGAGACCUCAAGAAGAGGCGCUCGAGCAUUGGGGCAAAGAUGGCCGCCGUGGUGGGCAUGUCCCGCAAGAGCCGCAGCACCUCACAACUCAGCCAAACAGAAGCAGGAGGAAAGAAACUGCGCAGCACUGUUCAGAGGAGCACCGAGACAGGCCUGGCUGUGGAAAUGAGGAACAGAAUGACACGGCAGGCCAGCCGUGAGUCCACUGAUGGCAGCAUGAACAGCUUCAGCUCUGAGGGGAACCUGAUCUUUCCAGGAGUGCGACUCUCUGCAGACAGCCAGUUCAGCGACUUCCUGGAUGGACUAGGCCCCGCCCAGUUAGUAGGCAGACAGACUUUGGCUACACCUCCCAUGGGCGACAUUCAGAUCGGAAUGGUGGAGAAGAAAGGAGCUCUGGAGGUGGAGGUCAUUCGGGCCCGAGGCCUUGUGGGUAAACCAGGCUCUAAGGCACUGCCAGCCCCUUAUGUGAAGGUGUACCUGCUGGAGAAUGGAGCAUGCAUAGCCAAAAAGAAAACAAAAGUAGCACGCAAAACCUUGGACCCUCUUUAUCAGCAGCAGCUGUCCUUCGAAGAGAGUCCAGGGGGAAAAGUCUUACAAGUCAUCGUGUGGGGAGAUUACGGCCGAAUGGACCACAAAUCAUUCAUGGGCGCCGUACAGAUACUUUUAGACGAGCUGGACUUGUCCAACAUGGUGAUUGGCUGGUUCAAGCUCUUUCCCCCGUCCUCAUUGGUGGACCCGACGCUUGCUCCUCUGACUCGAAGAGCAUCGCAGACAUCUCUGGACAGCAGCUCUGCGCCGUUCAGCCGCUCGUAGCACAGCGCUAUCGACUAGCGUGGUUGUUGUAGCAUCAUCCAUCAUCACGAUGGUGGGAGUUUGAGAUUUGAGGCCAGUUGCUGCCCCUCCCCAGUAACACACACUGCAUGCUUGGUGUUGUCUUCUGAGCCUGUUUCUUAGGGGUGAAAACUAAAAGCGGUCCUGUGUUUGCUCGCAAAAAAAAAAAAAUGAUAAUACUAAUAAUAAAUAAAUAAACCUAAAGCCUCGCACAUGUUGAGCAUGGAGAGCGACCCCUACAGUCGGGGAACAGCCAGACGAAGGAAAUGGACCUGUUUUUUGUCCUUUUCGAAGCCAUGGGGUUCUACACAAGCCCAUAUUAACGCUCAUUUGUUUCUCUUCCAUUAUCGUUCAUUGUUCGUUUGUAUGUGAACGGGUGAAGAGUGUUUCUUGGGUCAUGCCAUUUAAACAGACCCAGAGUUUGUGAUAUGGAAAUGAGUCCGUAUUAAACCGUCUGCACUCCCCAGAUAUGCACACGAUCGCAAGCGAGACUGUUUAUAGAUUUUUUUUUUUAAAAAACAAAACAAAAAAAAAAACGCAAUACUGAGAAGGUUAUCAUCAACAGAAAAGAGAAGGUUCAAGAUUUCCUGGAUGAACGUUUGGAAUGGAACGAUUUUUCUGUUGAUAUUGUAUGAAGUUUCAAAGGGACUCUUUUUUUUUUUCUUUUGCAUGGACACAAAAUUUAGCUGAUCUCAAAGAAACAAAUAUUUUCUUGAGAUUGCAACUUGCAGAAAAAAAAGGAGAAAAAAAAUAUACGCAAAUGAAACAGAUCAGCCAUUUUUUUGAAAAUUUCUAUUAUUUUUAAAGAGAAAUUUAACUAGUGCAUGGUUUUCAUGGGGAGUGAAUGCAAUGGCGUGAUUUAAAGAAAAAAAAAUUAGGAAUCCUGUUUUAUUAUCCUAAAGCCUGUGCUAGGGUCUAUAUUGUAUUUUUACGGACAUUAUGAUUAAAUAAGGACUUUAGAAUUUAUUUACGUGGAGAGAUAAAAAACUCCUGUUCGAGUGAGGUAAAGAAAAUGUAAAAUGUAUUAUUUAUUUCAAUGAUUAAGGCGGAAGCCUUACAGAGAUAAUGUGCAAAUUGUACAUGUUUCUUUUUCUCUCUCUUGUCCCAGGGUAACUCUUGCUGCUCUUGUCAGAUUUUCCCCUCCGAUACCGUUUCGACGUUUCCGCAGGGCUGAUCAUACAGUCUUGCGUUUUGUACUUUAUUUGGACUCGAUUUGAUUUAACAAGCAUGUUGAAAUGGAUUUUCUGCAACAUGGCUUGGGCACAGCGUGCAGUAACACAGCAUGUUUUGAUAAAGAUUUGGAAAGGAAAAAAAAAAAAAACAGAAUAACAUUUUUUUUGCAAUUUCUUGUACAGUGCAUGUCAACUAUGUUACUUUGGUCCCUGAUUGAAUUUUAAGAAAAUUUGGCUGGGUUUGAACAAAACAUUCCACCAAUUUUGUCCAAUUUUGUUUAAAAAAAAAAAACAAAAGAAGGGAAUUUUAUAUCCUGGAAACAGAUAUUUUCCCCCAGUAUUCAGGAUGAAUGAUCCCAUGGUUGAUUUGCAAAUGGUUUCCUGCAUCUCAUGGACAGUUGCAGUAUUGCAUAGUGCAGUUUUACACACAUGACCCUGGAACUGGGACAACAUGGACGCUCGCAUGACAUGAAAACUUGCCACAUGAUAGAAUAUAGAAAUUUCUAGAUUUUCGUCUUCUUGCUUAGUUUUCAGGAAGUUCCUUUAAUAUAUUUUUGUUAUUUUAUUUACAAGCCAAGACCAGUUAAUUUUUUUAUUUUCUAUUUUAGUAAUUAUCAAAACUUUGAGAUGACUCUUCUAGGUAUAAUAUCAGAAUGGAGCUAUACAGAGACAUUAUUCCUCUUCCAUGUAAAGCGAAAUCUAUUUUGGUGUUCAUUCAGUAUCUUUCCUUUUCUCUACCAAGCUAUGUAUAGGUUCUCUCUGAUUUGACAAUUGUAUAUAUUAUAUGUCAUUAGUUAUGGAAUUUGGAUUUAAAAAAAAAAAAAAAAAGUAAGCAGACAUCUAUAGAUAAGAUCGCACGGAAUUGGGAUAAUGUCUCACUCGACUAAGACAUGUUACACCCUUUUUGAAUGCCUUCUCUUUUUUUUCUGGUACAAUGCGUUCAUGCCAAGGCUAUGUCUUGGUUAAGUAUGGUUGAGUACAGAGAUUUAUGUAAGUUAUUUUUCAAAUUAAACAAUAAAAAAGGGAUAUUACAUUGAA